AUCAUCUAUUAGUUUUUCUUUAGCAUUUAUUCGUAACUAUCAGUGGUGAGUUACUUUCAAUACUUUUUACUUCUAUAACAUUUUCCCUCAACGAUUUUACGAUAAUCUUCGAUCCCAAGGAUCAAUUUAAAACCAUUAAUGAGAGGUAUAGAACAACAUGCAGUGGAAUGGAAGCAAGUACUUGGUAAUUUUCUUCUUGUCGAUACCAUUAAAGAAAUGAACGAGUUUAAAGAAUUAAUCGAACAAUACCGCGACAAAGUUGAAUUGAUAAUCACCGGACUAGAACGUUUUACAAUGAUUAUGCAAGCAAUUUCUGAUAUUAAAAAAAUGGCAAUUCAGGCAGAAGUACAAUAUAUGUCAUAUCAGGAAACUUUCAAAACCCUACAUGCGCACGGAAUAGUAUAUUCAGAAAUGGAUGAAAAGAUGGCUUAUGAACUUCAAACUGAUUGGGAAUCUUUGUACCUUGGAGCUCUUUAUAGAGCUUCAACGAUAAUAACUACUAGGGAGAAAUUUGCCGAAAUGAUUCAAGAUCAAAUGGUAGAAUUUGAUGAAGAACUUGUAAAAUUCGUUGAAGAUUUCAAAAAUAAUGGUCCAGGGAGUGUGAGAGAUGAUCUUGAUCUCGGUGUACAAAAGAUGAUUGAAUAUGGAAAAUUAAUAGAAAAAUAUGAUGAAAAGCGACGUAAUUUGGUCAAUUCUCAGAUUUUAUUUGAUCUUGAUCCAGCUGAUUAUUCAAAAUUCGUGAAAGUCAAGGAAGACUACGAAGGCAUGGAAAAGUUAUAUGCUUUAUAUAAAGAUCAAAAGAGUGCUAGGAGCGAAUGGGCUCAGACAUUGUGGGUAAAUUUGAACCCACAACUAUUACUUGAUGGCAUGGAAUACUUCAUCAAACAGUUUCAAAGAUUCCCCAAAGCAGUUAAAAAACUAGACGUUGGACAAACUUUGGAAAUUAAUAUGAGAAACUUCAAAAAUUCUGUGCCAUUAUUUGUUGAGCUGAAAAACGAAGCAAUGCGUGAAAGACAUUGGAUGGAUUUAAUGAAAAAAACUGGACAAUACUUUGAUAUGAACCCAGAUAGGUUUACAUUAGAAAAUAUGUUUGCCAUGGAUUUGGGAAAGUAUCAGGAGAUAGCGCAGAGCAUAGUGACAAAUGCUGUGAAGGAAUUAGCAAUAGAAAAGGGAGUAAAAGAAAUAGCAGACAUUUGGAAAAGCACGGAAUUUACCGUAAUACCACAUUUUAAAGGAUUUGAAGAUCGUGGAUUCGUUCUCGGUCCCAUUGAAGAGCUUAAUCAAAUUUUAGAAGAUAAUAUGUUGAAUGUGAGCAGUAUGGCAGGCUCACAAUUUAUUGGACCCUUCCUUAAUAUAGUUCAGAAAUGGGAAAUUACUAUGCAUACGAUAUCAGAAGUAUUGGAACUAUGGAUAGAACUUCAACGAAAGUGGCUGUAUUUGGAGGGUAUUUUUGUGGGAGGCGAUAUUCGAUUACAACUUCCAGACGAGGCCAGAAAAUUUGAUGAUAUUGACAAAGCAUACAGAAAGAUUAUGACUGAUACUGCAAGGAAAUUAAAUGUCCAUGAUUGCUGUACCGUUCAAGGAAGAAAGGAUGAAUUUAUGUCCAUGAUUGCUGGGCUUGAUAGAUGUCAGAAGUCACUGACUGAUUAUUUGAACAGCAAACGAAUUAUUUUUCCAAGGUUUAGUUUCAUCAGUGAUGAUGAAUUACUGAGCAUUCUUGGUAGCAGUAAUCCAUCAGUGAUUCAAGAACAUAUUGGCAAAAUGUUUGAUAACUUAGAUAAGUUAAAUCUAACUUUAGAUGAAAAAAAAAGAACUAUAGUUACUGCCCUUGUAUCAUGCGAAAAAGAGAUCAUGGAAUUUAAGAAUUCUGUGCUUGCUGAAGGAAAUAUAGAAAACUGGAUGGUUUUGGUUUUGAAUGAAAUGAAAGCAUCUAAUCGAUAUUUAACAAAAAAAGCAGUCUACGAUUAUGGAAAAAUUAGACGUCCAAGAUCUGAAUGGAUAUUGGAUUUUCAAGGAAUGAUGAUACUUGCUGCUGAUCAAAUCUGGUGGACUGCUGAAGUGGAAAAUGUUUUCAAUAAAAUAUCGAUGGGAAAGAAACAAGCUAUGAAAGAAUAUCUGCAACAACUGAACAAUCAACUUGAUGAAGUGAUAUCCCUAAUGGGAGGUGAUUUGCUUACAAAUAAUGAUAGAAAAAAAUUGGAUGCCUUAUUAACGAUUGAUGUACACAUGCGUGACAUAGUUGAAGGUUUUGUGAGAGAUAAUAUUAUAGACGCAGUGGAGUUCGAAUGGGAAAGUCAGUUAAGAUUUUACUGGGUACACGAUCUUGACAAUAUGUGGAUAAAUCAAUGUACGGGAUCUUUCGAAUAUGGAUAUGAAUAUAUGGGUCUUAAUGGACGAUUAGUAGUGACACCUUUAACAGAUAGGAUAUAUUUAACCCUUACUCAAGCAUUGUCAAUGCAAUUGGGUGGUGCACCUGCUGGUCCUGCUGGUACUGGAAAAACUGAAACAACAAAAGAUUUAGCCAAAGCCAUAGGUCUAUUAUGUCUUGUUACAAAUUGUGGAGAGGGAAUGGAUUAUGUUGCAAUAGGAAAAACAUUGGGUGGACUAGUUCAGUGUGGAGCAUGGGGCUGUUUCGAUGAAUUUAAUCGCAUUGAUAUUUCUGUAUUAUCUGUUAUAUCGACCCAACUACAAACUAUACGCUCGGCAUUGCAAAUGAGAAGUAAAUAUUUCAUGUUCGAAGGUUAUGAUAUUCCCUUGGAUACAAAAGUGGGCAUAUUUAUUACUAUGAAUCCUGGAUAUGCUGGUCGAACGGAAUUACCAGAAUCCGUUAAGGCCCUCUUCAGACCGGUAGUAUGUGUAGUGCCAGAUAAUGAAUUGAUUUGUCAAAUCAAACUCUUCAGUGCUGGUUUCCUAACGGCCAAAGUUCUAGCGAAAAAGAUGACUGUUUUACACAAAUUGGCAGAAGAACAACUUAGCAAACAAACACAUUAUGAUUUUGGGUUAAGAGCUAUGAAAUCUGUACUUAAUAUGGCUGGACAAUUAAAAAGAACAUCUGGCGAUUUAGCAGAGAAUCUUGUCUUAAUGAGAGCUCUCAGGGAUAUGAAUCUUCCUAAAUUUAUAUAUGACGAUGUACCGUUAUUUUUGGGUCUCAUUAAAGACUUAUUUCCUGAUCUUGACUGUCCCAGAAUAGAAUAUCCAAACUUUAAUAAAGCUGUGAUCAUGAUGUUGGAAGAAAAUAAUUAUAUUGUUUUAAACGAACAAGUUGAAAAAAUUAUUCAACUUUAUGAAGUCAUGAUGGGUAGACAUUCAACAAUGGUUGUUGGUCCUACAGGAGGUGGAAAAACUGUUAUUAUCGAAAUAUUAUGUAUGGCCCAAACUUACUUGAAUAUUCGCACCAAGCUUUACAUCUUAAAUCCAAAGGCAUGCACUGUGAUUGAGUUAUACGGUAUACUAGAUCCAAUAACACGCGAAUGGACGGAUGGUCUUCUUAGUAAUAUUUUUCGCGAAGUCAAUAAAGCUCUUGAUUCCGAACAAGAAGAAAAAAAAUACAUAUUAUUUGAUGGGGAUGUCGAUGCAUUGUGGAUUGAGAAUAUGAAUUCAGUAAUGGAUGACAACAAACUUUUGACUUUGCCUAAUCAAGAAAGGAUAAAACUACAAAACCAUUGUAAUCUUCUUUUUGAGGUAGGUGAUUUGCAAUAUGCAUCCCCCGCUACUGUGUCAAGAGCUGGUAUGGUUUAUGUAGAUCCAAAAAACUUGGGUUAUCAACCAUAUAUCGACAAAUGGAUAAAAACUAAAAAUGAAAAGGACCAAGAAUUCCUUGCUCGAAUGUGUGAAAAAUAUGUACACGGGGCACUUAAUCUUAUUAUAGAAGGAAUGUUGGGAUUGCAAAGAGUAAAACCGCUUCACAUGAUUAUAUCUCAAACGAGUUUAAACAUGGUAAUUCAACUUGCAUACGUAUUCGAUGGAUUGCUACAGGCUGAAGAGGAAAUUGUAGAAAGCAAGUCUUAUUUAAUGGAUCAAGAUGAACAGCCGGUUCAUUAUGAAUAUACUACAAGCAGAGAGGAUCAACUAGAAGCUAUGUAUAUUCAGUCAUGUUAUUGUUCCUUAGGAGCUUCUUUAAUAGAGGAUUCUAGAAAGAGUUUCGACGAUUAUAUGAAAAAAACUUCUGGUUUUAUGCUCGUCGAAGAUACGAGUGAAAAACCAGCAACGAUACGAUUUAUUCCAAUUCUAUUCAAUACAUUAUACGAAUAUUUUUUGGACAUGCAAAAGAAAAUAUGGAUACCAUGGAAAUGGCUUGUACCUUCGUAUAUUCACGAUCGACUAAAGAACUUUUCGGAGAUAUUAGUGCCAACUGAAGACACACUUCGAGCAAUAUGGUUUAUUACUCUAAUGAAUAAUCUACAAAGGCCUACACUUUUGGUUGGUGAAACUGGUACCUCCAAAACGGCGAUAAUUCACGAUUUUUUAAGGCGCAUCGAUUCCGAAAAAUAUAACAAAUUAUCUAUCAAUUUCUCAUCGAGAACAACUUCGAUGGACGUGCAGAAAAAUAUUGAAUCGGCUGUGGAAAAACGAUCCAGAGAAAUAUAUGGGCCACCCCCAGGAAAAAAGUUAAUUAUUUUCAUGGAUGAUAUGAAUAUGCCGAUAGUGGACACGUAUGGGACUCAACAACCCAUUGCAUUUCUUAAGUUACUAUUUGAAAGGGGUGGCCUUUACGGCCGUGGAAAAGAUCUAAACUGGAAAUAUAUAAAAGACAUUUGCUACUUAGCCGCAAUGGGGAAACCAGGUGGUGGAAGAAACGAGGUCGAUCCGCGAUUCAUUUCGAUGUUUUCAGUUUACAAUGUCACUUUCCCUAUGAAACAAACGCUUCAAUAUAUUUAUAAGAGUAUUUUAAAUGGGCAUCUAGAAAUAUUUUCAGAAGAAGUACAAUCUACUAUAGAUAACAUCGUUCAUAUUACGUUGGAACUUUAUCAGAUAGUUUUAACGGAAUUAUUGCCCACGCCGUCAAAAUUUCAUUAUAUCUUCAAUAUGCGAGAUAUUUCAAGAAUAAUGGCAGGUGUAGUUCAAAGUCAUCCAGAUUACUUUCCAACUGCAGACCGAUUCGUUCGGCUUUGGAGAAAUGAAUUUACAAGAGUCAUAUGUGAUAGAUUAAUAACCGAGGAUGAUCAGAAUUUAAUAAAAGAAGAGGUAACAAGCAAGAUAAAGGAUACCUGGGAAGAAGAACCUACAUUAAUUGAGUACACAUUAAGGGAUCCAUUGCUCUUUGGAGACUUUAGAAAUGCCUGUUAUGAGGAAGAGCCAAGAUAUUAUGAGGAUCUGUUAGAUUACGAAGCUGUGUAUAAUCUGCUUAUGGAAAUUUACGAAGAAUAUAACGAAAGGAAUAUUACAAAAUUGCAAAUGGUUCUUUUUAAUGAUGCGUUAGAACAUCUUACAAGAAUUCAUCGUAUUCUUAGGAUGCACCGUGGCCACGCCCUCGUAGUAGGCACCAGUGGUAGUGGGAAACAGUCAGUGAUAAGGCUUGCCUCGUUCGCUGCUAACUGUCCAGUCUUCGAGAUCAACUUAAGUCGGGGAUACAAUGAAAAUAUGUUUCGCGAUGAUUUGAAGAGAUUGUACAAUAUAAUCGGCGUCGAGAAUAAGAAAAUUGUAUUUUUGUUCACUGCUUCUCACAUCGUAGAUGAAAGUUUUUUGGAAUUGAUCAAUAAUAUGCUUAUGACGGGUCUAGUGGCUACUCUUUUUACCGACGAAGAGAAGGAUAUUAUUAUCACUUCGUGUAGAGAUACUGCUUUGACGGCUGGUUUUGAUGUUACGAAGUUAGAUAUAAAUGAACUUUCAACUCUUACUUUCUCCUUCGGUACUUAUUACAAAGAACACGCAAGUAUGAUGUUGUUUGUUUCUUUUAGGGAAAGUGUAUGGGCAUAUUUUGAAAAGACAUGUAUCGGCAAUUUAUGCAUUGCCUUAUCUAUGAAUCCUGCUGGUGAUUUAUUGAGAAUACGCUGUCGUAAUUAUCCUGGUUUGGUGAACAGUACUACCAUAGAUUGGAUGUUUCCAUGGCCAGAUCAGGCGCUGAUAGCGGUAGCUAAUGUUACUUUAAGAGAUAAUCCAAAUCUGCCGCAAGAAUAUAGAGAAGACAUAGUGUUACACAUGGUGCACGUUCACAAGUCCGUUGGACAAUAUACCGCAGAUUUUCUAACGACAUUAAGACGAAGAAAUUACGUCACACCAAAAGAUUAUCUUGAUUUUAUAAAUACAUUUUUGCGUUUGUUAAUCGAAAAAAGAGAUUAUAUUAAUGCACAAUGUGAUCGUCUGUCCGGAGGUUUACAAAAGAUCGACGAAGCGUCAAUCACUUUAGCCGAAUUGAAUGAUAUUUUGGCUGUGCAAAGAGUUAAAGUAGCCGACCAAACGAAGAAUUGUGAACAAUUAUUAAGUUCGAUUGGUGAAAGUACGGAUAUUGCAAUGGAGAAAAAAGAACAAAGUGUGGAUAAGCAAAGGGAAAUUGAGGAGAAAAAAAAGAUCAUUGCCAAAGAAGAAUCUGAAGCCAAAACAGCUCUUACUGCGGCUCAGCCCGCUUUAGACGCUGCGAGAUUGGCUCUUGGGGAACUCGAUAAAUCGGACAUCACCGAAAUAAGAUCAUUUGCCACGCCUCCAAAGCCGGUGCAAAUUGUUUCUGAAUGUGUUGCCAUAUUAAGAGGUGUUAAGGAUAUAUCUUGGAAAGGAGCAAAGGGUAUGAUGAGUGAUCCAAGUUUUUUAAGGUUGCUACAAGAAAUGAAUUGUGAACAGAUUACACAUAAACAGCAACAAGCUGUCAGAGCACACUUAAGAAAGUCCACGAAGAUGGAUCAAAUGGAGUCAAUUAGCAGAGCUGGAUAUGGUCUUUAUAAAUUUGUGUUGGCUGUGUUAGAUUACUGCGCAGUUUACAGAGAAGUCAAACCCAAAAUAGAAAGGGUCCAAAUGCUAGAAAUUGAAUCUGAAAAGGCACAAAGAGCUUUAGAAAAAGAAGAACGGGAAUUGAAACGAAUUGAAACGAUUAUAAAAGAAUUGAAUAUUAAAUAUGAAUCUGCCAUGGCGGAAAGACAGAAACUUCAAGAAGAAACGAAUCUUUUGCAACGCAGGCUAAUUGCCGCCGACAAAUUAAUCGGCGGUCUCUCGUCGGAAAAUAUUCGUUGGCAAAAAGAACUGAAAGGGUUACACGAGGAAGAAGAAAAGAUAAUUGGAAAUAGUCUCCUUUCUUCAGGAUUUCUCGCCUACUGUGGGCCAUUUUCAUACGAAUUCAGAAACAAUAUGAUUUACAAUGACUGGCUGAGAAGCAUCAUAGAAAGAAAGAUACCGCUUUCGCAACCGUUUAAUAUACAGACACAGCUUAGCGACGAUGUGGAGAUCAGCAAAUGGACCUCGGAAGGGCUCCCGCCGGAUGAGCUUUCCGUACAAAAUGGUAUCCUAACGUUGAAAGCUUCAAGAUUCCCAUUGUGCAUUGAUCCUCAGCAACAAGCAUUAGAGUGGAUUAAAAGAAAAGAGCGAAAUAAAAACUUGAAGAUUAUUUCUUUCGCCGAUGCAGAUUUUUUGAAACAAGUCGAACUGGCAAUAAAAUAUGGUUUGCCAAUUUUAUUUCAAGAUGUUGACGAAAUCGAUCCUGUUCUAUAUAAUGUUUUAUCGAAAAACAUUCAAUCGAUAGCAGGACGAACCUUUGUUAUAUUGGGUUCUAAAGAAGUCGAUUACGAUCCACGGUUUCGCAUAUACUUAACGACCAAAAUGUCGAAUCCUGACUUUAAUCCUGCCGUCUAUUCGAAAGCCAUUGUCAUAAACUACACGGUAACUACUGCCGGUCUAGAAGAUCAAUUGUUGUCAGUAGUAGUGAGGACCGAACGACCAGAUAUCGAAGAACAACGUGAAAGGCUUAUAGCUGAAAUAAGUGAAAAUAAAAAUUUGCUCAAACAAUUAGAGGACAGUCUUUUACGAGAAAUCGCUAUGAAUCAGGGCAAUAUGCUGGAUAACAUUGACUUAAUCGAAACAUUAGAAAAUACCAAAUCGAGCGCUAGCGAAGUAACAACGAAACUAUUUCUUGGUGAAGUCACAGCGGUUGAUUUAAAUAAAUUACGAGACGGUUAUCGGCCAGUAGCAAAAAGAGGGGCUAUUUUAUUUUUUGUUUUAGCUAAAAUGCCAACGGUGAAUAGGAUGUAUCAAUAUUCCUUGAACAGCUACGUCGAAGUUUUCGUAUUUUCUUUAAAAAAAUCUUUACCAGAUCCAACUUUGGUCAGGCGUCUUAAUAACAUUAUUCCAAUAUUGACAAAAAAUGUUUAUGAUUAUGGUUGUACAGGAAUAUUUGAAAAGCACAAGAUUCUUUAUUCAUUCAAGAUCUGUAUAGAUAUAGAAGGAAGUGUCGGUAAUAUAACACCGCAACAAUUGGAUUUUUUUAUCAAAGGAUGCGUUACUACUAAGAUAUCAAGUAGAGUCAACCCUACUACAUGGCUAGCUACCAGUGGGUGGGAAGACCUAUUGAAAUUAUCUAAUGAUUUUCCUGAAACUUUUGCAAGUCUACCUGAUGACAUUACGAAAAAUAGUGACCACUGGAAAGAUUGGUAUGACAUGGAUGAUCCAGAAUUACAAGAAUUUCCUUCUAAUUAUUCCACCGUAUUAAGGCCAUUCGAAAAAUUAAUGUUAAUACGAUGUUUUCGUGUGGAUCGAGUCUAUCGUGCCGUCAUUAAUUAUAUAAUCGAAGUUAUGGGUGAAGAAUAUGUAACGCCACCCCAUAUCAGCUUGGAUUUAAUUUUUGAACAAUCCACUGCUAUGAUGCCAAUCAUUUUUAUUUUAAGCCCUGGUUCGGAUCCUACUUCUCAGCUAAUGAAACUGGCAGAACGAUAUGGUUUCGGUGUUGGAAAAUUCAAAUACUUAUCGCUUGGUCAAAAUCAAGAGAAGAAUGCAAUAGAAUUAUUAGAAACAGCUAUAUUCAGGGGACAAUGGUUAAUGUUACAAAAUUGUCAUUUAUUAUUAAAUUUCAUCAAAGAAUUAGAAAAUCGUUUAGACAAUCUAGAGAAACCACAUCCUGAUUUUCGCCUAUGGCUUACUACUGAUCCAACUCCCAAUUUUCCAAUAGGGAUUUUGCAACAAUCUUUAAAAGUUGUUACAGAGCCACCAAACGGUUUAAAACUUAAUUUACAAAAUACUUAUCUGAAAAUGCCACCGCAGAUUCUGGAAAAUUGUGAUCAUCCUGCCUAUAAACAUCUUAUUUAUGUACUAGCAUUCUAUCACGCGGUUAUACAGGAAAGAAGAAAAUAUGAUAAAAUUGGAUGGAAUAUAAAUUAUGAUUUUAACGAAUCAGAUUUUAAUGUAUGUACUUCUAUAUUAGAGACUUACUUGACCAAAGCUUUAAGGUCUAAUGAUCCAAGAAUACCAUGGAAAAGUUUAAAAUACUUAAUAGGAGAAGUAAUGUAUGGUGGUAGAGUAACUGACAGUUAUGAUCGUCGAGUGUCGGAGACUUAUAUGAAUGAAUUUUUUGGUGAUUUCCUAUUUGAUACCUUUCAACCUUUUCAUUUCUAUUAUGACGACUACGUUGAUUAUGUCAUACCACCAGAAGGGGAUUACGACGAGUAUUUAAAUUUCAUCGAAGAAUUACCUUUGGUUAAUACCCCAGCGGUUUUUGGUCUUCAUUCUAACGCAGAAAUUGGUUACUUUACUCAAGCUACUAGAGAGUUGUGGGCCAAUUUAAUAGAGCUACAGCCACAAACAGCUGUUAGCAUAACGGGAAUCAGUAAAGAAGAAUUUAUAGAUAACAUAGCAAAAGAAAUUCUUGAAAGGAUACCCCUAGAAUUUGAUUUAAGUAAAAUAAGAAGAACUUUUGGAGUGGAUAUCACCCCAUCGACAAUUGUGCUCUUUCAAGAAUUAGAAAGGGUGAAUAAAUUGAUAAGUACAAUUUCAAAGACACUUUCUCAGCUACGAAAGGCUAUCGCUGGAGAAAUAGGAAUGGAUUCCACUCUUGAUAAUAUUUCCAUUGCUCUCUAUAAUGGUGUUUUACCCAAAGAAUGGCUCAAACUAGCGCCAGACACAAGAAAAAAUCUUGCCAACUGGAUGGAUCACUUUCAGAAGAGAAUAAUACAAUAUACAGAUUGGUCUGGUAUCAAUGAGCCAGUAGUUAUGUGGUUGUCCGGGUUGCACGUGCCAGAGACUUAUCUAGCGGCUCUAGUACAAAUAACGUGUCGUAAAAAUAAUUGGCCGUUAGAUCAUUCACUUAUUUAUACGACCGUAACGAAAUAUACCAGAGUCGAUGCUAUAGAAGAAAGGCCUGAACAAGGUUGUUACAUACAUGGUCUGUACUUGGAAGGAGCCCGAUGGGAUAUAGAGGAAAACUGUCUUAAAAGAUCUUAUCCAAAAAUUCUUACUGAAGAAUUGCCAAUUCUUUUGGUAAUACCAAUUCAAGCUCAUAGACUCAAACUUCAGAAUACAGUAAAAACUCCAGUGUACACAACGUCAAAUAGACGCAAUCCAAUGGGUAAAGGUUUGAUAUUUGAAGCAGAUCUUUCAACAGAGGAACAUAUUUCACACUGGAUUCUACAAGGCGUAUGCCUUUUACUUAAUACAGAUUGAAUUAAUUUCAUAAGAAUAAGUAAUAGAUUGUUAUAAAUGCGAAAAUUUAUUCUAUAAUCCAUAAAAUAGAUGUUGUUUAUCAAUUAUUGCAAUAAUGAUUAAUCUUAUAAAGUAUAUACAAUAGAAAUAAAUAAGAAGAUAAAAAAGAUUUGUAUAUCAAGUUAUCUUAAUUUGUGGUAAACAAAGAUUGUAAAAGGAA